UCCAAUAGCAGGAGCAGCACACAAGUCUGGGACAAGUUCAGUGGGUGUGAGAGGAGAAGCAGACAAAAACACGGCCAAGCUCAAUUUGUGGAAUCUAAAUAUAAUUGUUAAGCUGGGGUUGUUGGUGUUUGUUCAAAGAAGCUCAGUGAAACGUGAGGUAAACGUGGAGCGCAAACAAAGAGACUUUUAGGGAGCUGCCUGCAGAGUCAAACUUCCUAACAUCUGGUCUGCUGGAGAACGGGGCGAGCCGUGUAGUGAGACUUUGGAGGCGGAGAAUACAAUCUCUGCCGGAGAAAAUGCUCUGAAUCUGGAGUUAAUGUCACCUGCAUGCGCCACAGAUAGUUGUUCUGUGCUCGUGUAAAGGGACUUAAGUGGAGACAAAGAGGAAACGAGGGCUCUUGAAGAGGGCUUGAUGUCCACCUGAGGGGAUAGGAGAUGAUUUAAUCAUUGUCACGGCUGCUCAGUCCCAGCCGCGGAGAAGCCUCAGUCACCCCCUCCCCGACAAGCCAGGCUCAGGCCCAUGGACGAGGAGAGGAGUGUCGCUGCAAUCUCACCAGAGCCACCUGAUGAUGGAGACCCUGGUCUGCCAGCUUCACAACCGAGUUCCCAUGAAACCUCAAAAGGGGAGAGAGAAAACUGUGGCCCAAUCCCAAACCCCUGUCCUAGUGAGGAUGUGGCCCACAUCUACACCGAGCCCCUCAUAUUGAGGGUAAAUGGCACAGCAGAAAGGUUGCAAGGUGAUGAUGGAGACCAUUGCAAUUACACCUCCAGCCUCUCUCAGUCGAUGCUUACAACACCCAGCAAGACUCAACCGGCUGCCAGAUCUACACCCAUUCACCACACGCAGCCAUGUGUAUUGCAGCCCGGCAGCCAACUACGCAACGGAGCCAAGAGUCAUGAACACCCACACUCCACUCCAUCGCACUGUCCGCACCACACACACACAUCUCAUCUGCAUGCACUACAGACCAACGCUGUAAGGAACGGUGGCUCUCAUAAACACCCCAAGCUGGGCUCUCUCCCGCGAGGCGGCUCGUCCACCUCCUCCUCGUCUUCAGCAGGACCCAAACACACCAAGAAACUGCAGUCCAACCCUUCCAUCACCUCCCAGGGCAGCAGGAGGAGCAAAAGCAGCUCCAAAAGCAACAAUUCCCAGAUUCCCACAGAGGCACAGGAUGACUGCUGUGUUCACUGUAUUCUGGCCUGCCUCUUUUGCGAGUUCCUAACUCUGUGCAACAUUGUGCUGGACUGUGCCACCUGUGGCUCCUGUGCGGGCGACGACUCGUGUUUCUGCUGCUGUUGUGCGUCGGAGGAGUGCGGGGACUGUGACCUGCCCUGUGACAUGGACUGUGGCAUCAUUGAUGCCUGCUGCGAGUCUGCAGACUGCCUGGAGAUCUGUAUGGAGUGCUGCAGCCUUUGCUUUUCCUCCUGAGCCCCCGCCCCCCCCACCCCCA